CUCGACAAUAAUUGGUCGAUUCGCGCCCGGUCUAACCCAACUCAGGUGACAAUCUUGAAGUGUAAACGUCAAACGUCUGCAUUAUCGAGAUCUGUCAGCAGCUGUCGGUGGAGAUUUCGUUGCUGUCGGCAGCUUGAAAUAGACAAUUUUUCUAUAUAUGGACAAGAAAAUCAAAUGGGAUUCACACCUUCCAAUUUUGCAUUCUUCAUAUUCCUGAAGAAUCCUUUCCUGUAUUUAACGUAAUCGCCAUUGGAGCAACGUUUAUAUGUCAAACGACUAAUGGGGAACGAAAAAAGUGCUUUACGCGGGCUCGAAAUCGAAGAUAAAGCUGUGGAAGUUACGGAUUACUGGAUGCAUUAUGACGCGAGUAUACACGACGCGAAUUUACAAAAACUUUCAAUCUUCAUCAGCGAACCAUCCUUGCAUUUUACAGCGACGUUUGGAAGACCGUCACCUUUAGAGCGAGCAGCUAAGAAUUUUAUGUUACACCGACAUCCUUGCAUUUUGAAAUAUAUCUCCUCGUGGAGCAAAGGCAGCAAGUUUUUUGCCACGGAAGAAGCCAGGCCAUUGAUUCAAGUUAUUGAGAAACAGAAUAUAUUACAGAUAUGCAUCGGUUUGCACAGUAUCCUGCGAGCUUUGAUAUUUCUGCACGAGACUGCAUUGGCAUCACAUAACAAUAUAUGCAGUAGCUCUAUUUACGUUACUGCGGAAGGAUAUUGGAAAUUGGGCGGACUGGAGUAUCUAUGUAAAUUGUCGGAUGCGACGCCAAUGUAUUACCAAAGGAUAAAAAGUUACAGAUAUGAAAAAGCGAUAUCGCCGAACGAAGACAUAGCUGAUUUAAUUAAAACCGCUAAUCUAACUUCAAUUGAUUCAUAUGCAUUUGGAGUAUUGGCGGAAGAUAUUUUGAAAAACUUACAGGAUACAGAUGCAGCACUAAAUUUAUCGGAAUUUAGAGAGUUUUGUAAAAAGAAUCUGCAGAAUCUAGAUGCAUGUUUGAGAAGUAGAUUAUUGAAUGUAUUGCAACAUUCGUUUUUCACUCACGAGUUUAUAAGGAUUCAUGCAUUUCUAGAAGAAUUACCACUAAAAACUGAUAUUGAAAGGGAAGAAUUUUUCACGAAGUUGAGACAGCAGCUGCAGAUGUAUCCUGAGGCUGUUGUCGCUGAACAAUUAGGCAGAGUACUUCUUUCCAGAAUUGUUUUAUUGGAUAGCACUGCCCAAGUAAAACUUUUACCUUUUAUUUUUAAACCUAAAGAUGAGAAAAACGAUUUGGGGACUAGUCUAUUUACAGUUUCUACCUUUAAGAGUAUUUUAGUACCGAGACUUUUGCAAAUGUUUUGCAUUCGAGAUGUUUCUAUCCGUCUGUUACUGCUAUCCCAUUUCAAUUCAUUUGUACACGUAUUCGAAACAGAUGAAUUGAAGAGCCACAUUCUUCCCGAAUUACUCGUCGGCAUAAAAGAUACCAACGACGAUCUCGUGUGUGCUACAUUACGAGCACUAGCUGACGUAGUUCCGAUCCUGGGUGCAGCAACGGUUAUCGGUGGAAACCGGGGGAAACUGUUUACAGACGGUCGGCCGAAUAAGAUAAUGACGCAGAAUAAGAACGUCGAUAUUAGAAAAGGUUUAACGUUCGCACAGGAAAUACCUGUCUUCGUCAAUAUAGACGAGAACAAUGUGCAUUUAUCGGAAAGACCAUCACCGGACGGUGGCGAGGACAAGAGGGAAAAGGAAUUUACGUUCGUCGAGGAGGAGAGCACCUGGUCGGAUUGGGAAACGCAGGAGACGGCUAUUGGAAAUAGCCACUGCGAUAUAGCGGAAACUCCUUCGAGCACCGUCGUGCAGACGGAAUUGCAAAACGAUAUUCGCGAUGCGGAGUCAUCGCCGCCUUUGUCGGAAUCGUCGUCAAGUGCUAUGAGAACCAAGUAUACAAAGAAACUAGUACUUUCCGACAUUACAGAGCUCGAUAUAAAGAAUUCGAAGGUAAUCAAAUCUCCAAAGGAAGAAUUUGAUUUCUUUACAGAUAUGGAACCUGUGAUACAGAAGACGCAGGUUUUACAUAUUCCUGAAGUGCAAUCACCGAAAAGUAUGUUUGAUGUAAAAACAUUGAAUGCUACCUUGGAAGAGCAUGAGGCUAACGGUUGGGGAGAAGAUUUAAGUGAUUUGAGCAUAGAUGAGACACAUGAAUUAACGGAACAAUAAGCUGCCUCUCUGUAAAAAGACAAUUAUUUGCACAAAUAAUACAUAUAGUGAAUUUACAAUAAUAUUCUCAUUUAGUUGAAUCAAUUUUUAUCAACUUCCAAGCAUAUAUAUGUGAUUGCUAAUACAUCAUGUAUACCAUUAAAACAAGUAUUUUUAAUAAAUGUAAAAUAUAUAUUGCAUUAA